AUGGCUGCAGAAGCAGAUGAUAAAGAUAUGUAUGAAGAUAAUGAGGCCAUUGCAAAUUCAGAACAAAACAUAUCUUCUAUCAAUUCUACUAAUAAUAAUGACGAUGCCUACCGAGGGGAUGGCGGCAAUGAUGAUGAAGAUGAUGAAGAGGAUGAAAUUACUAUGUCUAAUAAACGAUCCAGACUGAGAUCAAAAAGACUUUCUAGGUCUGCAAGAAUUGGUGAUGACGAAGAUGAGAGUUUCCAUGAAGAUGAAAAAGAUGAGGAUGAUAUGUAUGAUGAAGAUGAUUAUACAGAUGAAGACGAACAGCUUUUGGCUAAUAAUCCUGAACGAGAACGGAGAAGGCAAGAUAGAAAUUUUGUGGUUCAAGACCAAGAUUCAGAUGACAAUUACGAUUAUUCUACAAGGCGUUCCUCAAGAAGAUCCACUAGAAUAUCAGGUAGAAGAUCUACACGAAAUAGUAAGAGGAAAUCUGCUCAAAGCAAUUCAACUUCACCACCUCCUCUUAGGAAUUUGAGAAGUAGGACUGUACGGUACGAUACUUCUAAUAACGCAAAUAAUGGUUAUAUUGAAUCAGAUAAUGGGAAUGGUGAAGUAUUAUCCUUACAAGAAGAGUUAAGAGAUUUAAGAAGUGAUGAUCCACCGCAAACUGAAAAAAGAUUCUUGAGAGAAAGAACAAAGCACAUAGAUUAUACAUUACCUCCUCCAUUACCAGAUCCAUCUUCUACAAAUUAUAACUCCACCAUUUUAAAUACCUCAUUCAGAAAUACAGCUGCUAGAAAUUCUCCAAAGAAAAGACCUUUGGGCAAUACAGGUCCGUUAAGACGAUUAUUUCCCACAGGUGGUCCAUUUGGUGGUAAUGACGUUAUAACGGUAUUUGGUAAAAAUACUAAUUUUUAUUACCAAAAUUCGAAUGGUGUAUUUAAUUCUCUUUUGAAGGAAAAUGAGAAAUCAACAACAGACUCAUUCGAUCAAAAUAUAAAUGCUUCUUUACAAUCUAACUCGCUUACAUCCCAACAACCAUCAUCUGCCGCUGGUGCUGGUGCUGGUGCCGGUGCAAUCACAUCUGCCAAUAUUUCCAUCUUUAAUCAGCCAACUUUAGCUACCCCAACAAAUAUCCCAGGUCAAAUUACCAAUAAUAAUAAUAAUAACACUAAUAAAAGAAUGUUUGAUUCUGAUUCUUCUGAUGAUGAAAUUCUACCAUUUGGCACAAAAUCUACAAAAAACUCAAACACAUCAUCUUUAAACAAAAAAAAGAAAAAGAAACCUGAAAUUGCUGAUUUGGAUCCACUAGGUGUGGAUAUGAAUAUCAAUUUCGAUGAUGUUGGUGGACUGGAUAACUAUAUUGAUCAACUAAAAGAAAUGGUAUCUUUGCCUCUAUUAUAUCCCGAAUUAUAUCAAAACUUUAAUAUCUCUCCGCCCAGGGGUGUUUUAUUCCAUGGUCCUCCUGGGACUGGUAAAACAUUAAUGGCUCGUGCUUUAGCAGCAAGCUGUUCAUCAGACGAUAGAAAAAUUACUUUCUUUAUGAGAAAAGGUGCUGAUAUUUUAUCAAAAUGGGUUGGGGAAGCUGAAAGACAAUUACGUUUGCUAUUUGAAGAAGCAAAGAAAAAUCAGCCAUCUAUAAUUUUUUUUGAUGAAAUAGAUGGUUUAGCGCCUGUAAGAUCUUCCAAGCAGGAACAAAUCCAUGCAAGUAUUGUGUCAACAUUAUUAGCUUUAAUGGAUGGUAUGGAUAAUAGAGGGCAAGUUAUCGUAAUAGGUGCCACUAACAGGCCAGAUGCAGUUGAUCCAGCUUUAAGAAGACCUGGUAGAUUUGAUAGAGAAUUUUAUUUCCCGUUACCUGAUUUAGAAGCUCGUGAAAAAAUCAUUGGAAUUCAUACCAAGAAAUGGAAUCCACCUUUAUCUUCAGAAUUUCGAAAAACAUUAGCAAGAUUAACCAAGGGAUUUGGUGGUGCUGAUUUAAGAGCCUUGUGUACAGAUGCAGUAUUAAUUUCUAUUCAGCGGCAAUAUCCACAAAUUUAUAGAUCAAAUAAAAAAUUAAAAAUUGAUCCAACCUCUGUUAAGAUUAAUAUUAAUGACUUUAUGAUAGCAUUGGAAAAAUUAAUUCCAUCAUCAGCUAGAUCUACAGGUGAUAUUACACAGCCACUUCCUCAGUCUAUUGAACCGUUGUUGGAUAAACAAUUUGGAGAAAUAAAACUUAUAAUCGAUAAAAUAUUGCCACAAGAUUUAAUUAAGGCAAAAAAUUUAAAUUCAAAUUCAUUAAUUCAACAAUUUAUUGACUAUGAAGAAUAUGUAGACUCUGAUGAUGAUGACUUAAUAAAUGGAAAUAAUUUUAAGGAUAAAAAAGUACUUGAUGAGAAUGAUAAAGUGUUUAUUAAGCAUAAACUUUUAAAGAGAAUAUCCGAUUCCAGAAUUUUUAAACCAAACUUAUUGAUUAUUGGCCCUCCAGGGAAUGGUCAGCAAUAUAUUGGAUCAGCAAUAUUAAAUCAUUUAGAGCAUUUCAAUACCCAAACCCUAGAUAUUGCAUCUGUUCUUUCCGAUAGUUUAAAAACUAUGGAAGCUGUAGUUACUCAAUGUUUUGUUGAAGCAAGAAAAAGACAACCAUCUGCAAUAUUUAUUCCAAAUAUCGAUAUAUGGUGUAAUAGUGUCUCAAUUAAUGUUAUUAUGACACUCGUAUCACUUUUUAGGAGUUUACAAAGUAACGAAAAAAUUCUUUUGAUUGGAAUUGCAGAAGGCAAUAAUUAUUAUGAUGAUCAUAAUAAUAUUUUGGCCGAUACAAAUGAUAGCGAUAAUGAUAAAUUUUCUUCAAUUACUAGGAAAAUUUCUAAAAAACAAAAUAUCUUGCAAAUGUUUCAAGAUCCUGAAGUAGCAAAUAAGUUAGCAUUACUUGAUUUCGGUACUAAUAUUUCAUUUGUCCAUCGUCCUGAAUUAUCACAAAGAAAAAAAUUCUUCGAGUCGCUCUCUGAUAUACUUACAAUGAAACCAACUCAAUUUAAUGAAAGAAUUAAACGUAGAAAGCCAUUACCAAACUUGCCGUUAGCAAGCGAUGAUGAUAUAGAUGCUUUAAACGGUACUAGUUCCUCCCUAACAAAAGAUGAGAAGAUUAGAAGUUAUUUAAAAAGCUACCAGCAUCAAGAUAUGAAAUUAAAAAAUGUUUUAAAAAUUAAAUUAUCUGGUUUAAUGGAUUUAUUUAAAAAUAGGUACAAAAGAUUUAGAAAACCACCUAUUGAUGAUGCAUUAUUAAUUCAUUUGUUUGAACCCGAAAUUUACGCUAAUACUGAUAUUCAACCCGAAUAUGUUAAAGAUGGUAAUAUGAUUUUAGAGGUUUCCACUGGAAGAAAAUUUUUUAAUAUGGAUUUAGAUGUUAUUGAAGAAAGAUUAUGGAAUGGAUUUUAUUCCGAACCGAGACAAUUUUUGAAAGAUAUUGAGAUGAUUUACUAUGAUGCCAAUGUAAUUGGUGAAAGGGAAAGAACAAUCAAAGCCUCUGAAAUGUUUGCAAAUGCUCAAAUGGGGAUUGAAGAUAUCUCGAUUCCAGAAUUCAUUAAGGAAUGUAAAGCUACAAAUAAAAGAGAUUUGCUGAGACAAGAAAUGUUUUUAAAAGAUGAACAAAUAAGGCUGGCAAAUGAACAAGAUACAACUAAAGAUCUAGUAGCAGCUGAAGCUAAAGAUUUGUCAAGUAGUAAUGAUUUUCUUCCUGGUAAUGAGAGUAUUGUGCCUCAUGUUGAAGCACCAGCUACUGCAGAACUUGAAGUGGGUGCUGGAAAUCAACUUCAAACUCAAUUACAAAUUGUUGGUGAUGAAAACAUUAGAGCAACUGCUGGCCUGGACACUACACUACAAACAUCUGAGCUGGAUCCUGUUGAAACUAAGGAAAUGCACAUUCCAGCUGACGAUAAUAAUGAAAAUGCAUUGAGCCAGGAAGCCCCGGUAUCAAAUAAAGCCACAGCUAUCUCAAGUAUUUUGAAUGAAACAUCAAGUCCUAGGGGAAGUUUUACAGAUAAGUCCAUCCAAUCUACUUCAGAGGAAACUCCGAUUAGUAAUAAGCAGGAUACUGAUAUUCUUAAUGAAGAAGAGGUAGUAGAAAAGGUUGAAAAAGACCUGCAUGUAUAUAUUUUAGACGAACAAAAAAUGAACAAGAUUAUUGGUGAAAUUAUUAAACAAACUAAAGGUUUUACUGUAUCAGAAUUAGAAUCCUUAUAUUCUGAAUUAGUAGAAAUAGUUUGGAAUGAUAGAUUAAAUUGGGACAAAACGGAGACCUUGGAAAAGUUGUUAGAAUAUAUUUAA